AGCCUCCAGUGGAAAAUAUGAAUUACAGCACUGUUGUGGACAUGCGCGGAGGUGCAGCGAAUAUGGCGGCUCGCAUCUGAUAUAAAGUGAGGGUCCUCUCAUCAAAGCAGCGCAGUCAGAGGCUCGUGUUUUUUAGGUUAGUUCUCGUCAGACUUCAUCUGCAGACGGGAGGUCAUCAUGGGUCGAACACCGCAGAGAGAUCAAAAAGAUGAGAAGAAGGAGAAACGCAGCAGCAUCACAGCAGGCUCGGCCCUCGACAAAUCAAACGAUCCGUUCAGCUGGGAGGACUAUCUGAAGGAAACCUCCUCCACUGCAGCGUCACCGUCCUGCUUUAAACAGGCCAGAGUCCCCCCCUCCAAUGACUUCAAAGCAGGCAUGAAGCUGGAGGCACGGGAUCCUCGCAACUCCAACUCAGUGUGCAUCGCCACGGUGAUGGGCAUGAUGGGCACGCGCUUACGGUUACGUCUGGAUGGCAGUGACAACACCAACGACUUUUGGCGGCUGGUUGACUCUUUAGACAUCCAACCGAUCGGAACCUGCGAGAGGAACGGGGACAUGCUGCAGCCACCGCUAGGUUUCCGGAUGAAUGCAUCCUCAUGGCCCAUGUUCCUCCUGCGUACACUUAGUGGUGCAGAGAUGGCCCCUGCUUCUGCUUUUAAGAAGGAACCACCCAGCCCCGCUAAAAACUACUUUCAGCCAGGCAUGAAACUGGAGGCGGUGGACAGAAAGAACCCUUAUCUGAUUUGUCCUGCCACAGUGGGAGAGGUCAGAGGUCAGGAGAUUUUUGUCAUGUUUGAUGGCUGGCGAGGCGCCUUUGACUACUGGUGUUCCUACGACUCCAGAGACAUCUUCCCCGUGGGCUGGUGUGCUCUGACCAAACACAGUUUACAGCCACCUGGAAAUUUCUUUACCCUCCCAGGCGCUCUCCUUUCCCCAGUUUCUACCACCUCGGCAACACGUCGCUCCUCUUACAGCUCCUCCUCCUCCAUGCAGACCUCAUACCGACUGCCCCAUCCCUUGCCGCCCCUACCGGUCCGCAAGGGUGUGCGAGGUCGCCGUCCUAAGUCCCAGACCAUAGCUUUGUUAAAGGCAGCAGCUGAGGCUGCAGCAGCAGCCGCAGUAAAUGGAGCAUCGCAGAGCCAAGUGAAGACCAGCUCUGAGACUCAGCUGGCCCCCAGACCACACAAGAAGAGAGGACCUAAGCCUAAGGGCAAGAAAAAGCCCUUGGUGGAACAAUCCCUGGGGGCAUCGCCAGAAACGACUCCACCUCCAGAAACGAGACUGAGUGCCAGCCACGUCUCAGUGGAAAACAGCCUAAGUAACAGCUCGAAUGUAGUUUGUACAGUGUGUGUCUAUGUUAACAAGCACGGUGACAAUGGGCCACAUCUCGACCGAAAACUAGUGCAGCAGCUGCCGGAUCACUUUGGUCCUGCUCCGGUGAAUGCAGUGCUUCAGCAGGCGGUCCAGGCCUGCGUGGACUGCACGUUCAAACCCUCUGUGCUGCUGCUCUUUCUACAGAGUCAGUCUCACACAGGAGGAGAGGUCAUCAGAGUUCGAUCGGAACAUGGCAUCCGUUAUGUGAAGCUACCCUCUGUCUCCAGUGCAUCUUCGGUCCUACGGUUUUUAGAGAACAUGUGCCAACAUCUGGACAGUGACAGUCUGUUCAGCUCUCAACCAUUUAGCCCCUACAGCAGCAACACACGCUUUUACAGCAGAACCAAAUCAGAACCAUCCUCUGUCACUGAGAAUGGCCUUUCUAAAGACAACUCUUCAAAGGAUGUGACUCCCAGCGCCCGCUCCCAUCACAACACACUGGACUACAGAGCUGCAAAAAGGGAACGGGCGUAUUACCCCGGGCAAACGCAGCCCCCACUUCGGCGAGUCAGCUCCAACCCCACUGAGAUCAGCCCAGUUAGUACAUACAGAAGAGUUGAGGCCAGCUCAACAACGGGUCCAGACCACAUGAAACAGGACAAAGUAGGUUUGGGCAACAACGCUACUUCAUGGACAGUUGAUGAUGUUAUCCGGUUCGUUCAGGAAGCUGAUCCUCAGACUCUUGGCCCGCACAUCGACCUGUUCAGAAAACAUGAGAUCGACGGCAAGGCCUUGAUGCUGCUGCGCAGUGAUGUCAUUAUGAAGUACAUGGGCCUAAAGCUAGGCCCGGCGCUUAAACUGUGCCAUCACAUCGAAAAACUAAAGCAGGCCAAAUAACUGCAGCGCUCUUUUCUUGCUGCCUAGCAAACACAACACCCAUCAUUCUGCAGGGAUGUGAAGCAGCAGAAAACCACUCUGGCCAAUGAUCUCAUGUCUCUGGUACUCUGGACUGUGAAAUAAUGAGGGGGGGCACUGUCCGUUUUGGGAGCAGUAAAUGCUGAAUUUUGGUAGAUCGGAAAGCUGGAUGGAACAAUAGAAAUCACAUAAACCUACACAGUACAAUUUCAUAGUUCAAGCAACAUAUCAGAAAUUAAUUUAUUAUAAGGAUUUCCUUUCUAUCCUAUAUUGAAAAGGCUACAAACUGCCAUAAACAGUUUCCUUUUUAUAAUGCAUGGACCAGAUACAAAGACAGGUGAGAGUAUAUGACGUUACCACGUCCACAACUACAGCUAUUAUUAGGUACCCAAUCCUGCGUAUACAUUUUUCAAAUGUUUUUGUCGUUUUGUUGUUUACAGCCUUUUGUAAAUUUUACACCUACACAUGCCUAAAGAAAAAGAAAAAACACUUUCAGUUUUCCCUUUACUGUUUUCAAAAACUGUUUGUUUGCCUGGUCUGCAUUUCAGGACGGACGCACAGCACUAAAGAUUGGGAACAUUAGUUCAGGUAUCGGCAGUGAAGGCCACACUGUGUCAUUUUAUUAAUGCAAUAAAAAGAUUUUUUUAAUGACCGCUUCAAUUUCAGGUAGUUUGGUUUUUGCAUUCUGAUGAGCAUGUGGUUACGAACAGGGCAAUGAGCGACAGGACUGUGUGAAUUGAAGAUGUUGGAAGGUUUCAUAUAAGUAAGUUUUGGAAAUGUUUGCUGAAAUCAAUCAUUAGACAUAUUUCUUAUUUCAGAAAUAUUGUCUUUGGAGAGUAGCUAUUUGAUUUUAUUGGUGUGUUUUAAUUGUGAGUCAGCGCUGGAGCUCGAUAAACCAGACAAAAUGCUUCCGAUAUUUUUUUUAUUGUUAGUUAUGGCGGUUUGCAUUGCAGAUAAUCCUUGUUUGUUGGUUUGUGUGCCUGACCAAUGCUUAGUUCAUGAUUGUAUUUUUUUUGACAGACACACUAUCUAACCUGCCCACACACUGACUGGAUACUUUCAAAUGUUCAUUUAAAAGCAACAUUCAUGACAGUCACAUUUAAGUGCUGUACAAAAAUGGCUCCUUUCUGAUUUAGAACACAAAGCUGACACGUUUUUGUAUAAAAUAAAGCUAACGCAUUGUUUUUAUAUUAAUUUUGUACUAUUAUAAAGUGUCUAGACCUGUAAUGGAGCGUGUCACAGUUUUUUCUUGAAGUCAUUUCAGUCAAGUUAUCCUACCUGAAGGAGGCUGCUGUUCUGUCUAAGGAGCGAAUCACGUGUCACAGUGUCGAUCUGUUUUAUUGACAGAAAUAACUAUUUUCUGAACAUUUCAGAAUCAUUAUUAAACAAACUCUUGUCUACUGUAGCUGCAUUUCACAUUGUUGCUUUCCUGUAGUGGUAACAAGUUGUUACUUGAAUCUCGUUUUGCUUUAAUAUGAAACUCAGGUUUUAGAGAGGCUUUAUUGUUUUUUUCUUUUUCUUUUAAGAACAUCUUUGCAUUUUGUGUUUAUUACUACAACAUAGGGGACUGCACGAUAACUAUGUACAUUUUGGAUGCCUUGUUAUCGAUGGCUAUGUAGCAUUUCAUGUGUAUCUAUACAACUUUUUACUGUAUGUUGGGUAAAUUUGUUUGUUAAAUAUGUUUGCUAUGCAUUCACACAAAUAAACCUUUGUUUUCAGGA